AUGUCUUCUUCAAGCCAUGCGGCAGCAUUGGCUGCCUUUAAUGGGCUAACCAACAAAUCCAAAUCAGAGGUAAUACAUGAUAAGAAGAAACCAUUAUUCAAGAUCCCAAUGCCUUCCAACUCGAUAAAACAGAAUGAGAAAAAUCCUCCCGGUACGAUUAAACGAGUGGAAUCUUACAAAAAGGGAACUCCGCCAACAAUGCAGAGAACUUCCACUUUGCAACUGAUCAAGAGACCAGUAGCAUCAAAGGAAAUCCAGUCCAAUGACUCUAGUAAUCAUCAAUCCCCUGGAAGCUCUUCAUCAUCAGCCUCUGCUGCGGCAAUUGCAGCAGCUUCUGCGGUCCCUUCGACUCCAAGGGGAAACAUGCCAAUAUCUAAAAGCUCUACAACACCAAUAAAUCAACAAAGUAGAGCUGGAUCCACUGCAGUUUCUAUACUAUCAUCAGAUCCUGAUACCUCCAACAUUACAACUACCUCGGAUUAUUUUGCCAUGCCUACCCUGAAUCAACAUAAGAUUGUACCAAUUAAAAAGUCAAGUUCUCAACACUCUAGUCUUUCUGUAAAUAGUGCCCAUUUACCUCAAGAUAUGAUACAAAAUGUUAAGAAUUCUAUUGAAUCUAAAUUAAAAUUGCAAGAUUUAUCAUCCAAGAAUCGUACUAACGAAAUGAUUUCACAAGUUCGACAAUCAAUAAAUUCCAAAUCAAAGACAGGUGCUAAUCAAUCUUUGGAAAUUGCUCAAAAGAACCAAGAUAGAUUAAAUGAAAUUAGGAAAAGUAUUGAUAUGAAGAGAAUUCUGACGGUUUCUACACCUUCUAUCCGUCCUCCGCCAACUUCAGGUGGUAGUGUUUACGAAAGAUCAAGUUUCCAUAAUUCAUAUUCUUCAUUGGGAUCUACGUUGCUGGACAACGAUGUUGUACUGCUUCCUAUGACCCCUAAGAUUGUGGUUGACUUACAUGACCGGCCAGAAGAACACGCAGAUGAUGAACUGGGUCAUGAUAAUGAACGAUUAGAAGUUCAACAAAGUCAUUCGCUCCCAGUUAGUCCUAUGAGAAGCAGUGAGAGUAUAGUACAUGAAAUUAAAAAUAGUGGAGGUCCUAGAAGAAAACCUCCGCCAAUGUAUCUUCAAGAUGAAGAUUCAGACCUGGCAUAUGCCAUGAUUCUAACAUCACCGGGUCUGAGAUCAUAUGAAGUCUUUUCAAGUAAGUCACUGUUUGAAGGAAACACAGAUAGGAGUGAUAAGCCAAGAGAAGGUAGCACUGGAAGUGGAGUAAGUAUCAAUAGUACAAAACUCCCACAAUUUCCAAAUAUAAUUGAAAAACAUGGUAAAUCCAAAUCGAAUCAAGCACAUAAACAUCAUAUAUUUAAAUCAAAGUAUAAGAUUAAAGGAGUUGAUACAAGUGUCAAUUUACUUCUGGAUGACGAUGACAGUGAAAACAAUUUUGAUGAAUAUAUUGAUCCUACUGAGACGGAAGUUGCACCAACACGUCCAACUGGUAUAGUUGCGCCUCAACAACUGGUUCAUUUGAAGACAACUAUGAGAAAGACAAACAAGCGGAAGGAGAAGAAACUUCAAUUCAAUGAAUAUAAACCAUGGAAGAACCAUAAGGAUCUAGCAUAUGUUUCUGAACUGGAAAGGAAAAGAUACGAAGGAUUAUGGGUUAGUAACAAGGGUUUAUAUAUGAGUCUGGUCGUCACUAGGCUUACUGGGGUUGAUUAUUCAAAGAAAGAAGAAGAAAUUGCACAAGAUAGAGUUUUAACAGAAGAGGAAACUUCAUUACAAGCAGCUAGACUUUCCACCAAGGUGACCAAAGAUAUUAAUUCACAAGUUGAUCCACAAAAUUUCCAUAAUUUAUUAUCAGUUGAAAUUGGUCAAUUAAUGCAUGGAGUAGUGGUUAAACGGAUUUGGAAGAGAAGUAAAUUACCCAAUGAAACAUUGGAGGCUAUUUGGAAUCUUGUUGAUUUCCGUCAUGAUGGAAGUUUGAAUAAGCCAGAGUUUUUAGUAGGGAUGUGGUUGGUUGAUCAAUGUUUGUAUGGGAGAAAAUUGCCCAAAAAGGUUGAUGCUGUGGUUUGGGAUAAUUUAGGUAGUAUUGGUGUGAAUGUAGUAGUUAAAAAGAAGGGUAGACGGUAA